CUUCAGGUUCACUCCGUGUUUUGGUCGGUGGCGGAAUUGUCCGUUGUCUUCUCUACGCGGACGACAUUUGCCUCACAGCCGAUGACCUUAGGGAAAUAUCAGAAAUAUCAGCUCCGGGCACAUGCCGGCUGAUAUAGCGUGCUGAUAGGCGAGAGUAAUGUAGCCAUAGAUCCGGCGACAGGGGGCUAUGGCGUUGCAGAUAUAUAUCUAGGGGAGUUUUCACCUCACUCCCCCCUUCCUGGAACUCAAGCCGGGUCUUCAGCUAAUUUACCGUUGAAAUCAUCAUCACCGCGUAUCCAUCAGUAACCAAUUCCUUAACGAUUUUCACUGGAAUCUCCGAGUCGUUCUUAUCUGUCAAACUGAACGGGUAGAGUCUGCCAGUGAAUUCGGACCUGUGGACCCUCAUGGUCAUUUCUUCUGAUUUCUUUUUCUUUUUAGGUGUUUUGUCUUGUCUAGGCAUUCACUGUAAAACACUCUACGUCAAUAGGCAGAACCCUGUGGGCCCAUAACCUAGCAAGAGUAUGUCGCACUGGCAGCGUUAUGUAAAGUAGCAGGGUCCUAGCUCACCAGCCGAGGGCUGGGCCAAC